AUGCUAGUGGAAGAGUUGGAUGUGUCAAUUGAUGCUGAAAAGAUCAUAUGCGCUAUUGUCACCUGUGUCUUUGCUACAGUGUGUUCAGUUGUAGGAGCGAUUACUGGUGGGGUAAUUGGAUUGGCUACUGAGAGUGGGCUUUUUCGAGGGGCCGGAAUCGGGGCGAUCUCUGGUGCUGUUUUCUCUAUUGAAGUCGUUGAAUCUUCUCUUUUCAGAGAGAAGGUUGGCCCUGCGGUUCAGAGCGCAGUGCAGAGUCAAAUGAGUGCUGUUGAUGCUCCCUUCAUUGAGGUUCUUGAUAUUUUUGAGACCGGCGGCACUGGAGGCAUGUCGAAGGAUUCCGUUAAUAAGCUUGAAAAGAGUAAGAUUUCGAAGCAGAACAAUGGUGAUGACUUUGGAGAGAAAAUUUGCUAUCUGUUUGCCUUCAGGUACCAUAAAGAAAAGAGUUUCAAGUUCAGGGUAUCAGGAUGUGUUCGUAAGCAAUCAAAAACUGGUCCAUGA